AAAAUGGCUGCUGCAACCUCAAGCCUAUCCUGAUACACCGAAACGACAUCAAGGUGGAGAGAGGGAGAGAGAGAGAGAGAGAGAGAGAGAGAGAGAGAGAGAGCGAGAGGAGGAGGAGGAGAGAGAGAAAGAUUAGGAAAAUGAGAGCAGAUAGAGAGAGAAUGUGAGUGAGUCUGAGUGUUUCCUGAAAGGAGGAUAAAAAAGAGAGAGAGAGGGAGAGAGAGAGAGAGAGGAGAGGAGAGAGAGGAGAGACCCUGGGGUGGGCUGCUGCAAGCGGCGGGCAACACCGAGCCAUGGAGGGCGACGUGCGUGUUCGUGCGGUGGUGAUGACACGUGAUGACUCCAGUGGCGGUUGGGUGCCCCUCGGAGGCGGCGGCCUCAGUCACGUGGUCAUAUGUAAGGGGCGGAGCCACGACGGCAGGGGGCGGAGAGAGUACAUCAUACGUGGAGAGCGGCUGCGAGACCGAGCACCGGUGUUGGAUUGCGCAGUCCAAAGGGGGUUAGUGUACAACAAGGUGAACCCCAUCUUCCAUCACUGGCGAGUUGAAGACCGAAAGUUUGGCCUUACGUUCCAGAGCCCUGCCGACGCCAUCUCCUUUGAGAAAGGACUGCAGGCUGUCAUAGACAAGCUGGACAGAGGCUCGGACUCGCCCUCGUCCUCCACACCAGAGGAGGCCGACACAGAGGAUGAUGGUCAAGCUUCCCAUACAGGGAGCGAGUCGUCGUCCAACAGCAGAAAAGAGAUGCUUCCCAAACCCAUCACCAUAGUGACGAGCGAGUCGUCGUCUGCCUGCUUCGUCCGGUCGGAGGAGUUCAGUUUUGGAUCCAGCCAUGCUGUUACCACGCAGACACCUGCUCAGAUCCACACCAGGUCAGGACAGAACCAGCUCUCACAAAUGGCGGCUGUGUUGAAUCCCCCCGCGCCCCCGCCCCCUCCUCCUGCUCCGCCCACUCCUCCCGUGGGGCCGCCGGCCUCAUCCCCCCUCUCCCCCCUCCCGCCCACCUUCUCGCUGCUGGAGGGGGGAGACCUGCGCAGCGUGGACCCGUGCAAGGACCUGUGGGGUUCCCGAGGUUAUGAGGAUUACAGACGGGCGGGGGCCACGAGGACUAUGGUCGGGGGGCUGACCGGGGGCGUGGUCGUCGGUGGCGGCGGAAGCAUGCAAGACAAGUCGGAGCUGUGCGUGGUUCGCUUCGAGAAGGAGCUGGGAGGAGUGGGGACGGCGGGCUGCGACGUGACUGUGAGCCUGGACAGCAAGGCCUCCCAGCGUCUGUCCUCGCCGUCGCCCACUUGCAUGUCCAUGCCCAACGCCGUGUCGGGCGUGUCCUCAGGUGCCGGCUCGCCCCAGGAGACGGGCAAGAGCUCGCCGUCCCCCUGCUGCAUCCACACCUCACUGGCCACGCCCCGGUCGCGGACUCGUAAGAGAGGAGGAGGGGCCAGCAGCAGCGGCGACCCGGGGGUGAUCUCCCCGGACGACGACAGCCCGUGCCCCCAGGCCUCGUCCUCGUGCUCGUCUCGCUGUGUGUACUGCCGCUCUGUCUUCAGCGCUUCGGAGAACGGGCGGGGCCGCUGCAGAGACGCCCCGGACCCGGCCCUGCACUGCCUGCGCCAGUGGACCUGUGUGUGGUGCGCGGAGAGUCUGCUGUACCACUGCAUGUCGGACUCGGAGGGGGAGUUCUGGGAGCCUUGUUCGUGCGAUGACUCGAUGGGGGGCCACCCGCACCCCCUUUGCUGUGCCCGCUGGCUGGCUCUCCUGGCCCUGUCACUCUUCGUGCCCUGCAUGUGCUGCUACCUGCCUUUGCGCGCCUGCCUGCGAUGUGGGGAGAGGUGUGGCUGCUGUGGAGGAAAGCACAAGGCGGUCCGAUGAGGCCAGGCUAGGGGGGUGGGAGGGGUUCCCCGGACUAAGGGGGUUUGGGUAAAGAGCGGAGAGAGCACAGGAAACAGGAGGUGGCCCCCCGGCAGGUGGAACAGGGCUCUCAGAAGAACGAGACCUCCGACGUGUCCCUCCGAAGCCCCGCGGCCUUCCAUCGCAUUCAGCUCUUUCUCUUUUCAUCCCGGGGCCUUCCUCGCCGGUCCCUGAGUGCCGGAGAAGCGCCGCACUCAGACCGGGCUCUGCGGAGUCGCCCGGAGCCUUCAUAGUGGAUUUACAGAGCGAUGGCUGAGCUGCAGUUCGCUGUCAGUGACUGAACGAGGGUGGCAGAGGCAACGGUGAUGUGUACACUGUUUCAAAUGUCCGUUUGUUUCUUUUUUUUUCCCUUUUUUUAAUUCAGAAAGAAAAACUCAAAAAACAAAAGAUGUUUAUAUAUAUGAUUGUUAUAAUUUUAAUUGGUAUAUUUUAUUAAAUGUA